AUGGGGGAAGCGGUGCCACCUAGUGAUGGUGCUGCUGGUGAUUUAGCAUCAAUGAGGAGUCGGACAGAGGCAGCAGCAACCCCAAGGUUGAGCUCAACGGCAAUAUCAACCAUCAUUGAUUUGACAGGGAUGUCCUUUUCAAGGAAACGCAAAAAUCAAGCAGGACAAGAUGGAAAAGGACGCAAACGCUUGACAGGAGACCCUGUGGAAGCUCGGCAGGAAGAAGCUCAUCAAAGGCAAAGAAUGCAAUCGAUGCAGCCCAAGAAGCCCUGUGGGCACAUGGACCUCAAAGCCAAGAAUGAGGACCUCAAGCUGGAGGCCCUGCUUCAGCAAUGUGCCCUGCAGCUGGAAGCUCUGAUUAAACAGUGGGCUGUGCAGCUGGAAGCUCUGGUUCAACGACGGGCUGUGAAGCUGGAAGCCCCGGUUCAGCAGAGGGCCCUGGCGUGGCAUCAGAGGAGGCUGAAGAGAGUUUUCAGAGAUAGAGGUGGAUGA